AUGUCAACUAUGAAAAGUGGAGGUUUAACCAAAAAGGAAGGCAAGAUGAGGAUCCGAGCCUUCCCUAUGACUAUGGAUGAGAAAUAUGUGGAAAGUAUAUGGGCUCUUUUAAAAAAUGCGAUUCAAGAGAUUCAAAAGAAAAAUAACUCUGGAUUGAGUUUUGAAGAGUUAUACCGAAACGCAUAUACUAUGGUUUUACAUAAACAUGGUGAACGGCUAUACACCGGAUUAAAAGAAGUUGUUACUCACCAUUUAGAAUUAAAGGUUAGAGAGGAUGUUUUAAAGUCAUUACAUAAUAAUUUUUUAAUGACACUAAAUCAAGCAUGGAAUGAUCAUCAGACAUCAAUGGUGAUGAUUCGGGAUAUACUUAUGUAUAUGGACAGAGUUUAUGUUCAACAAAAUGAAGUCGACAAUGUGUAUAAUCUUGGACUAAUUAUUUUUAGAGAUCAGGUUGUGAGAUACGGCUGUAUAAGGGAUCAUCUGCGCGAAACUUUAUUAGACAUGGUUGUAAGAGAACGAAGGGGUGAGAAGGUAGAUCGAAUAUCUAUAAAGAACGCUUGCCAAAUGCUAAUGGUACUUGGAAUUAACUCCCGUUCAGUUUAUGAAGAAGAUUUUGAAAGGCCAUUUUUACAACAAUCUGCUGAAUUUUAUAAGGUUGAGAGUCAGAGAUUUUUGGCUGAAAACAGUGCAUCUGUAUAUAUUAAAAAGGUAGAAGCACGUAUCAAUGAAGAAUCUGACCGUGCCAAGCAUUAUUUAGAUGAAUCUACAGAGCCUCGGAUUGUUGAAGUUGUUGAGGAAGAAUUGAUUAAAAAACAUAUGAAAACUAUUGUCGAGAUGGAAAAUUCCGGGGUUGUACAUAUGUUGAAACAUCAGAAAACCGAAGACUUAGCCUGCAUGUAUAAACUUUUCGGGCGUGUGACGGAUGGGUUAAAAACAAUGGCCGACUGUGUUAGUCAAUAUUUAAGAGAACAGGGGAAAGCCCUCGUGCAAGAAGAGGAACAUCAGCCAGCUACAAACGCAAUUACUUUUGUGCAGUCUCUACUAGACCUUAAAGAUGGUUUCGAUCACUUCUUAAAGAAUUCUUUCAACAAUGAUAAAAUAUUUAAGCAAAUGAUUGCAUCAGACUUUGAGCACUUCCUCAACCUCAAUCCCAAAUCUCCUGAGUACCUGUCUCUAUUUAUUGAUGAUAAAUUGAAAAAAGGAGUAAAGGGGAUGUCUGAACAAGAUAUAGAGUUGGUCCUUGAUAAGUCGAUGGUGCUAUUCAGAUUUCUGCAAGAAAAAGAUGUUUUUGAAAGGUAUUACAAGCAACACUUAGCUAAACGACUGCUACUCAAUAAAUCUGUUAGUGACGAUUGGGAAAAAAAUAUGAUCUCAAAACUGAAGACCGAAUGUGGCUGUCAAUUUACUUCAAAAUUAGAGGGAAUGUUCAAGGACAUGACGGUUUCUAAUACAAUUAUGGAUGAAUUUAAAGAACACAUUACAAAGUCAGAGACUAAUUUAGGUGGUGUUGAUUUGUUUAUGCGUGUAUUAACAACAGGGUUUUGGCCUACACAGAGCGCCACACCUAAAUGCCAUAUACCACCAGUACCACUUGCUGCCUUUGAAUGUUUCAGAAGGUUUUAUUUGGCCAAACAUAGUGGUCGACAGCUAACGUUACAACCACAGCUUGGCAAUGCUGAUCUCAACGCAGUGUUUUAUGGCCCAAAAAAAGAUGACAGCGAUAAGGAUGGUGCCUGUUCUUCAUCUACAAGCCUAGUGUCUUCCAGAACAGGACCCCGGAAGCACAUUAUUCAAGUUUCCACUUAUCAAAUGGUAGUACUCAUGUUAUUCAACAAUCACGAUAAAUUAACUUAUGAAGAAAUAUUGAACGAAUCUGACAUACCGGAAAGAGAUCUUAUUAGGGCAUUACAAUCUCUGGCUAUGGGUAAAGCUACACAAAGGAUCCUCAUAAAAAAUCCAAAAACUAAGGACAUUGAAGCAUCUCACGAAUUUUACGUGAAUGAUUCUUUUACAUCAAAAUUGCACAGAGUCAAAAUACAAACGGUAGCCGCCAAAGGGGAAAGUGAGCCAGAAAGAAGAGAGACCAGAAACAAGGUUGACGAGGACAGAAAGCAUGAGAUAGAAGCAGCAAUUGUAAGAAUUAUGAAAUCUCGAAAGCGCAUGGCUCACAACAUCCUGGUAACAGAAGUAACAGAGCAGCUAAAGAGCAGAUUCCUUCCUUCGCCAGUCAUUAUUAAAAAGAGAAUAGAAGGUCUGAUUGAGAGGGAGUACUUAGCUCGUACACCUGAGGACAGAAAAGUUUACACUUAUGUUGCUUGAACUUUUUUCUUUUUGAGUGAAGUGUGGGUUAUCUUAAGACUUUGGAUCGUGAUCCACUGAACCCAUAUAGCUAAUUAAUAUUCAUAUAACAUAAUAAUUAAAUUAUUCCAAAUGACUUUUUUAUUUUUUAAGUUGUUAUAUAUACUGGGGUACAAAAACUGACCUCUGUCUGUAUUGGAAUAUUAAUCCUUUAGACCACAUCUCUUUUACUUAGACAAAAUUAGCUACAUAUUUUGAAGAAGAGGUUUAUAAUGUAUGAGUUGAAUGGAAUCUAUGUUGUAUAAGGUGAUAUAUAGCAUGUAUAAAAAAAUUGAGAGGAAGGCAGAGCAUCAAAAAUGUUGCAAGUAUGCCCUAUAAAUUUAUGUUAUUAACUGUAUAGAAAUCACCGGAUAUUGAAGGUAUGCAUUAUUUUUAGUGAUAGCUAAUAUUUUUUUUGUAGGAAGGCCAUUCAACUACAUUUUUUGAUAAUAGUUUGUGAUUAAAAAAUAAUUCAGUAGCAUAAAUAUCUAACCUGUUUCACCAUGUAAUUUUUAUGGCAGUGAAAAUAAUUUGAAUUGUAUGCUAUAUUCUGGAUUAUUAGACAUUUUUAAGCAAAAUAUAAUCUAUUUUAAGGUUCCAGAGAUAAUAAUUAUGUGCAUUUCGACACCAGCAAUUCAGUUCAGGGAUAUUCUUUAUGCAAUUUAUUAAAAGUAAUAUUAAGAGUAUAAAGUAAAACAAAUUUUUACAUCAGAAAGUAACAAGAAUAUUAACAAAAUUAUAAUUUCUGAAAUUACUUUUUUGUUUUUCUGUUAGUAUUUCAGAACAAAAAUAUAUAAAAAGUCCGGCAGGUUCAAUUCUGGAGAACAGGCUAUGUGAUAGGAUAUUUACAACCUAUCCACCAUUGUUCACUUAGCCACUCAAAUUGAGCAUCAUCUUUGUCUGACAUUGAAAGACUAAAAAUUAAUAUAAUUUUAAAAAACAUAAUUUUGUAGAUACUUUUUAGUUCUUGAUGUAAUGAUUUAUUUUAAUUAUUUUAUAUUCUGACUACCAUUUUUCAUAAAUCAUAUAAAUGUUCCUAUAAUUGAACAGCUUAUUGUAUUGAGUGCAUGUCAUUACUUUUGGACCCCAAUAACUCAAAAAUGGCAUAAUAAACUGAGAUCAUCUUUUGUAUUUUCACCGAUACAAAAAUUGCAGGGUGUAACAGAUUAGAAAUCUAUAAUUACGUCACUGAAUUAUUUUUAAUAGUGAAUUUUUUUGAAAAAAUGUAGUUUAGUGGUUUUAUUUAUGAUCAAAAUAUUAAGACAAUAAAUAAUUUUCCGAGCUAUCACUAAAAAUAAUUUAUCUUCAACACUGUAACUAAACUGUUGAAUAGGAAUUUAUAAGACAAACUUGCAAUAUGGCUGAUGUCCUGUCUUCCUUUGAAUUUUUAUACACAGACUGUGGAUUAAAUUUAAAUUUUGUAAUUGUCAUUUUAACACAAAAUGAUAUAAAUCUAAAAGAUAUAAUCAAUAUAUUAUGAUCUAAAUCAUCAUCUACUAAUGACACAGGUUGGAAUUUGAUAAACUCAGCAUAUUAAACAAUGUUAUUUUCAGUGUUCCAUUUGUUUUUUUUUUUAAUUCACAACAGUGAAUAAAGUUGUUGAGAAAAUACUGCAAUAUGGAUUCGUUAAUGGUUAACUGUCCUUGCAAAAAAUGCUUUUGGUUGUUGUAUAUAGUUCUUUUAAGAUAUAUAAAAUUUUUAAAUUAUUACAUUUUCCAUCAGAGCAAAUUUAUGGAUAAAAGCUGAUCAUGGCAAAUAAAAUAUGUUUUUAAUAUGUA